AUGGCAAAUGAGCAGUUAGAGUACAAGUUCAUUCCAACUUCACGUAGAGGAGGUUGUGCCGAGGCUGUUCCGACUCCAUCUGGAAGUGUGUUCCAAGGUCCCACGAAUACGUUGUCCUCAGAGGCACAGAGAGCGCCUCCCAGACGUCGUGUUCCAUUCUCCAUCGAGGACAUCAUGAAGUCAGAUGACGUCCAGACCUCAGAGCCCAGCAUCACAGACAGGACUUCAUUAACCAAACCGGAAGCAGCAUGUGAGGGCUUCAUAGCAACGACCAAUCCCCAAGGAUUCGGAGGCCUCAAACUUGAACAUCUUCUUCGUUGUCAGAUACCAGAGUCUCCGCAGACAUCCAAAGUUGAUGGAAAGCUCAGUCACCCUUACAGAUGUUACCUUCAAAACAAAAUCGAAAGAUGUGAAAUUCCUGCUUUUCCUGUCAGUCUUCACCACCUCCAGUCCUACCCUGAGUUACCCCUCAGUCUCCAGACCCGUACAGACACGCCCCCAACCAUCAGCCUACCGGUUAGCCUGUGUCCAUCACACGUAGAACAACUGGAUGUCCGGAUUCUGAAGACGAGCACGCUUCCAUCAUCAAGCGAUGCUUAUGCAGAUGACCUCAUUGAUGUCGAAAGCGCCAGUCCAAACGGAAGUACAGCUUCCAGUGGUUUCUACAGUAACUCCAGCCCGACCCACAGCGCCGACAGUUCCUCCCUCUCAGGGCGAAUCUCUACAGGUACUCAGGAUGAUCGUGGUUCCCCAAAAGGUCAGGAAGAAGAUCAUGUCUCUGUGGAAACAUCCUCCAUUACCGAGGAAGAAGAAAUUGUGUCAGAGCUGUCCUCACCAAAGACACUGGAGGAAGACUGUGUCUCCGCGAAUCCGAGGAAGAACUACAACGAGAAGCAAGCGAGGAGGUUGAAGCAGGUGUUUCUGGAGAACAAAUACCCUGAUGUAGAGUUGUAUGAAGAUUUGUCCCAGGAGCUGAAUAUUCCAGUAAAGAGAUUAAAGGUGUGGUUUCAGAACAGGCGAUCACGCAACAAGAGAACAUCCGACACCAAGAUGAUGAACUACCCUCUCCAGCAGCAAAACAUGGCGGCCAUGUUGUCGUCUGCUCCAGGAUACGGCUACACGCCUCCCAUGAUGCACCAGCCCAUGUAUCAGUACCCAGCACCCAACGUACCGAUGAUGUACCCUCCCAGUCUGUACCCAGGGUAUCCCUACCCGUUCCACUAUCAGCAGUGAAGGAGCUGAUCCCCCAGAUAGUGCUUGUUAGACAUUGAA